CUUCAUCUCUUUCAAAAUGGCCGAAUGGGAUCUGACGAAAACGAUAGUACCGUACCUCGACCGGCAUCUCGCAUUUCCUCUCCUCGCACAUCUCGCUGAGACCCAACUGUUCCCUGAAGAGCAAGUGCAGACCGCGCAGUAUGAGCUUGCAAAAGGCACCAACAUGGUGGACUACGCCGUCCAGCUCUUCGAGCAACUGAAUCCGGGAAAGGAAGUGCCUGCAGAGUUCACCGAAAAGCGUGAAAACGCGGUUUCUACGAACGAGCGGUUGGCGACUGAGGCGCAGGCGGUUUUGGACGUGAUUGAGAACCCGGACGUGGUGCAAGCACUCCGACAAGAUAAGAUGCAAAACUUGCAAUAUCUCAAAGACAACUACAACCUCACCCUGGAGCAAAUCGCCGCCCUCUACCACUUUGGCCAGUUCCAGUUCACCUACGGAAACUACAGCGGUGCCGCCGACUACCUAUACCAUUUCCGAAUCCUCUCGACCGACACCGACCUCAACACCUCCGCGCACUGGGGAAAACUUGCUUCUGACAUCCUCUCCGGAAAAUGGGACGUCGCGCUAGAAGAGCUUAACAACCUCCGCGAUGCCGUCGAUGCUCGUACUUCCUCCUCCUUGCUCCCCGCCGCCCUCGCUCAGCUGCACUCCCGCACCUGGUUGCUCCAUUGGUCGCUCUUCGUAUACUUUAACCACCCUCAAGGUCGCACACUGCUCCUCGAGACCUUCCUCAAUCCCACCUACCUCAACACGAUCCAAACUUCAUGCCCCUGGAUCUUGCGAUAUCUCACCACCGCCGCCGUUCUCGCCCGCAAGAGCGCCGGAUCCGGGGCGUCGUCACGCGUGCGCAACGCGAUCCGCGAUAUAGUGAAAGUGAUCGUGACCGAAGAAUAUCAAUAUCACGACCCCAUCACGGACUUCCUCAAGGAGCUAUACGUUCAAUUCGACUUCGAGGCAGCGCAGCAACAACUGAAGCUGGCGGAGACCGUUGUUGAGAACGACUUCUUCCUUGGGGAGUUCCGUGAAGACUUCUUGGAGAACGCGCGUUACCUCAUCAGUGAGGCGUACUGCCGCAUACACCAAAAGAUCGAUAUAAGCGAUCUAUCUCAACGACUGAAUCUUGCUCCAGAGGAGGGUGAGAAGUGGAUCGUCAACCUCAUCCGGGAGACUCGGAUGGGUGCCGACGCGAAGAUUGACCUCGAGAAGAACGUCAUUCACAUCAACCGCACCGCGCUCCCGGUGUACCAGACCGUCAUCGAGAAGACGCGCGGCCUUGCCUUCCGUGCUCAGGCGAUGGGUGCUGCUCUGGCGCAGCCUGCGGUUGUCGACGGCGCACGAUGAACGCGGCCUCUCUUCUAGCAGACUUCUAUCCACACCCCGCGUUUUGGUAUGCUGCACAACUUUGUAUCCGUAUCAAGACUGUUUUUCCAUCAUAUUGUGUGAUCGUGUCUGUUUAUCGACGAGUAUUAGCUCCCCGCAACGAUGCGGUGAGGCGGAUCCCAAUCAUCGCGGCGGGAACGCGUAUACGGGCC